AUGAUUUUAUGUUCAAUUUGUAGAACAGAAAGUAAUUUUACACAAGAAAAUGAAUAUAAUGAAAGUGAUAAUGAUGAAAUAAAUAUGGAAGAAUACUCGACUGAUGAUGGAGAAGGCGUCAUUGUAAAAGACAAUGUUGAAUCAAAAAAUAGUAUAACUGUUCAAGAGUCAAAUGUUAUACCUAAAACAGUGAAACGUCAAAAGAAGAACUUGGAAGAAGGACAUCAAUCAAAAGACUUGGAAAAUCACCUUGUAUCUUUCUUACAAAACAGAAAACCCGAGGAAAAUGAUCCUGAUAAACUAUUUCUUCUUUCCUUACUACCACAAAUCAAAAAAAUUCCCGAAGACCAGAAAUCUCAAUUGUAUAUUGACAUAUUAAGAACUAUCCAAAGAGCUAAUUUAGGUAAUCAUCAAGUUGCUUAUUAUUAUCAACAACCACAUGGUUUAAGCAAUACUAAUAAUUUUCAAAUGUCUACUCCUCAUAGUUCAUCCCCUAGCUGNAGCAAUACUAAUAAUUUUCAAAUGUCGACUCCUCAUAGUUCAUCCCCUAGCUCUUCAUCUUCCUUCUCACAGAACACUCAAUAUUCAAAUUUCCAAAAUUAUCUCCCUUCAAAAGAUAUUCCAUCAACUUUUCAAAAAACCAUUAUAAAUAUGAUGCCCCCUUCACCGCCUGUUGUAGAUCCAAGAUCCGACCCACCAUUAAACUCAACUACUUCUCACUUACAAACACCAAACACAUUUACUAGAUAUUAA